UUGUCUACUACAACGAUAUGGCUGCUGUCGACGUUUCACUGUUUACCGGCAUCGGUCUCAGUGAGCAGAAAGCGAAGGAAACGAUUAAAAAUGAACAAGUAUCACAGCUUCUCAAACUUGCAAUAGAACAGGCCAAAAGAAGUGGGCUGUCAACUGUGGACAAGGAUGUUGGCAAACUGCUCUACAAUGUGGCCACCCGUCUCAAGAAACAGAUUCAGUCUCACCAGGGCCUCCUUGUCGAUUAUAUCGCCAUGAAAAAAAUCACCACCGAAAUUCAGCUCAAUGCUGCCAUGGACUACCUGUUACACAAUCCACUUCCUCCUGUGGAUACCACACGCCUGGAACAGGAGAGUGGAGUGGGCUUGGCAAUCACACCGGAGCAGGUGGAGGAAGCAGUGGAAGAAGUAAUAGAGAAGUACAAGUCUGAACUGCUGGAGAAACGCUACAACUUCAGUACAGGGAUUCUAAUGGGUGAGGCAAGAAAUAAACUAAAGUUUGCUGAUGGAAAAAUGAUUAAAAAUGAAGUGGAUAUGCAGGUACUACAUUUACUGGGGCCAAAGACUGAAGCAGAUAGACAGAAACCAGCCAUGAAAAAGGCUGAAAAGACCAAACAGAAUGAAACUCAGGCCAAGGAACCACAGACAGAAACAUUCAUGAACCCUGAUGGAUCAGUAAAGAGCUUUAUGCAGGUGGCUGGAGAAGCAGUUCACUUCCACAAAGUUGGUGAGAAUUACAAAACUGAUGGCUAUGUGAUCAAUGAACAUACAAUGGGCCGCCUGAAAAAACAUGUGGAGGCUGUCAAGGGAAAGGUACACUCGAGAUUCCCACCGGAACCCAACGGAAUUCUCCAUAUAGGACAUGCUAAAGCCAUCAACUUCAACUUUGGAUUUGCCAAGACGAUGGGUGGCAACACAUAUCUGCGGUAUGAUGAUACAAACCCAGAGAAAGAAGAAGAGAAAUUCUUUACAGCCAUAUUAGACAUGGUUCAGUGGCUAGGGUACCAGCCCUUCAAGGUGACGCACGCCUCCGACUACUUCCAGGAGUUGUAUGAUUUUGCCAUAGUACUCAUCAAGAAAGGGUUUGCCUAUGUGUGUCACAUGAAGUCUGAGGAUAUCAAGGGGUUUAACCCACCUGACUCUCCCUGGAGAGAUCGACCAAAGGAGGAGUCCCUACAGUUGUUUGAGGACAUGAAAGCUGGUAAAAUUGGUGAAGGGGAGGCAACUCUCAGGAUGAAGCAUGUAUUAGAAGAGGGGAAGAAAGACCCUGUGGCAUAUAGGAUCAAGUUUACACCUCAUCAUCGUACUGGGGAUAAAUGGUGUAUCUACCCUACGUAUGACUUUACACACUGUUUAUGUGAUUCAUUAGAGAACAUCACACAUUCGCUCUGUACCAAGGAGUUCCAAUCAAGACGGUCGUCCUAUUACUGGUUAUGUAACGUGGUGGAUGCCUACUGUCCUGUACAGUGGGAGUAUGGACGACUCAAUCUCAACUACACUGUCGUGUCUAAACGGAAAAUAGGAAAACUCAUCACAGAAGACAUUGUCAGAGAUUGGGAUGACCCUCGUCUGUUUACACUGACUGCACUGAGGAGAAGAGGGUUCCCACCCGAGGCUAUCAACUACUUCUGUGCCAAGGUGGGUGUCACCAUGUCCCAGACAACUCUCCAUCCGUCCAUGUUGGAUGCCUGUGUCCGUGAAGUGCUCAAUGUGACCGCUCCCAGGGCUAUGGCCGUGUUAGACCCACUCAAAGUCACGAUAACUAAUCUCAGUGAUGCCCCUAAGGAAGUUAGUGUCCCCAACUUCCCAGCUGAUGAAGGAAAGGGUUCACAUAAAGUGCCUUUUGGAGCCACAGUAUUUAUAGAGAGGGACGACUUCAGAGAGAAAGCAGAUAAAAAUUACAAAAGAUUUUCUGCUGACCAGCCAGUAGGACUUCGUCAUGCCGGCUUUGUUAUAGCAGUAGAAAAAGUUAUAAAGGAUGAUGAUGGGAAUAUAAGCGAGUUAUUAGCCACCUGUAAACGGUCGACAGAGACGGACAAGCCUAAAGGUUUUAUCCACUGGGUGUGUGAACCUCUUGUUUGUGAAGUCAGGUUGUAUGAAAUUCUAUUUAACCAUAAAAAUCCUGAGGAUAAGAAUGUUGUCCCUGGUGGAUUUGUAACUGAUGUCAACAAGAAUUCUAUGCAGGUGAUACCUAACGCAUAUGUGGAUGUAUCAGUGAAGGAUGCUAAACUUUACGACAGAUUCCAGUUUGAACGUGUAGGAUUUUUCACUGUAGACAGAGAUUCUACCUCUACCAAGAUGGUCUUUAACCGCACUGUCACUCUGAAGGAAGAUCCUGGUAAGAAGUAAAGCCAUCAGUAUACCAUAUCAACAGCUGGCCAGGAACAUCAAGAAAAUCAUUCACAGAGACUGACAUUCAAAAAAUUAGUUUACAUUGAACAGCUACACAUGUGAGAGACAUUUUAUCAGAUAUUAAUCCAAGAAAACAAGCAUUCUAAUCUAAGGUUGGAAGAGGCACAUUCAGGAUUUAGGUUUUCCAACAACGAUUGUGUACAUGUGCAACUUUGAAAGAAAAACUUUAGGACAGCCCUUUGACGUUUUCAAUUGGUUUCAUAGUGUUGUUUUAUUUUACUAAAGUUGUAAGUGCACUUUAAAAGAGCUUUUAAAAACAGCUAAUUUUCAAGAAGGGCAUGUUGUUUUGAGAGGUAGAUCUGUGUUGUAUGUUUUUUUAAGAGUGACACGAAUCCACUAAUAUUUGUACUGUGUAUUAAGCCUACAGAUAAACACCUAUUUCUCCCAUGUCUUAUCAGCUUGUUUGUUUUUCUUACCACAUACCAAACAUAGCAAGCGCUUGUAGAACAUUUAGACAGCCAUUAUGUAAGUUGUUGACAUGCUGAGCCACAGAGAUGCUAUAACUUGCCCCUGGUGUUUGUAUGGGUAGCUGGAGGCCACCAACAGUCUUUGUAGCAUCUGGUGUCCAACUGCCUCCCCAUAUUAUUGCCAAUGAUUGGUAAGGGCAUUCCACCACAAUUACUGGGCUGUCACUAAACUAUUAGACAUGCACAUGUAAUAUUUGUACUCUUCAACAACAGACACAAAAACGUAACAUUUAUUCCAUCAUAAUUCUGAGUCUGUGGUAUAGAUAUCGCUACAGAUGUGUUCCAUAUCAGAUUGACCAGGGUAAGUAGGGUUUGUAGAUUUAUAUACACAUUUACAAAGCAGACAUUUGAAUAACAGAUUCUUCCCUUCAUUUGAAUAACACGUUUUCUGUCUUUUUUUCUCAAACAUAUUCACUGAAAUGGAAUACUAUAUAGCCCAGAAACCCUCAGAGAUAUGCAAAUUGCUUCUGUAAAUUGCAUAUCUGUCCUUAAAACUGGCAUAAAAAUAAUAGGUUAAAAUUCUACACAAUGAGUCUACACAUAACAUCAUGAAAUGUUUUAACUUAUAAUCAACCAUUUAUCCUUUGUUCUUUCAAAUGUUUAUUUCCAUUGUGUACUGAAAACGUGAAAAGAUGUGUGGAAUUUUUUGUUCUUCAAAAAAAAAUGAUUUUUUUUUUUAAAUAUAAUUUUUUUUUUUUUUGUAUUUAUGAACACUUAAACACUGGUAUCACGUGUUCAGUUUCUGAUUAGUGUUGGUAUUGACUAAUGGGAAAGUCAGCUGUGAGGUCUAUACAGUGUCCAAAUAUAACUAAUUUAUCUUAUCUGUUUUCCUACACAUUUUUUAAGGGGCAUAAUUUGUACAUAGAUGUAUAAUAAAAUACAUCAUGGCUUGUCUCACACUUGUUUUUGUGUUUGUAUUUCUACAAUUGCCAGAUUCAGGCUGAAUCAAGAGAUUGGGUCAUUGUUACUGUAAAUAAAAACAAAAUGAACAAUAAAUAUAAGUUAUUGGACAGUGAACACUCAGGUUCAUUCUGCUUCAAAUCUGAAAUUGCUCAAUUUGCUUUUCAGAUCUGAAGAUCAAGGAUGCUGAGAAAUGCUUGUUUUAGGUUAUUCUUCAUGUUGAAAGUUCAAAUCAAGAUCAUAAAGAUAAUAUGUAUACACCUCAGAAUCAAAAUAAUAAAGCAAUGCCUCAGUGGUAAAUAAUGAUGAUAUCACCUAUCAUUAAAUGCCUGUCUGUAAGUGGGAUGUGGAUUCCAGGGUCAUCAAGAGAUCCAGGGUCAUGAUAUCAGGUCAGCAUCUUACUGUGAUGAAGGACUACACAGUUAGUUCAAACAAAUCACAUUGACCUACUUACAAGGUCUUAGGGGUCAAAAUGUUAAAAUCUGUAAACAUUUUUUUUUAUUUAACAAGAGGGCCUGCACAGUUAUGAUAUAAGACCAGUAGUAUGCUGGAAUGAAACUCUACCGAAUUUGUUAACGACCUUGACCUACUUAAAAGAUUACAGUAGACCUUAACCUAUUUUCAAGAUCACAGUUGUCAUAAUUUAUGAAAAUGCAUGACAUUGAGCCAGUAGCAUAUUGAGAUAAAUUGCUACAAAUUUUAUUUAAGUGAAUGGCCUUUUUUUCAAGGUAAAAAUCAAAUGUGUUAAAAUCUUUAAACUACCUAUUCUCAAUAAACAUUCAAAAAGGCUAUAGUCAUGAUAUUGAGUAAGUAGUAUGGUGGGCUAAAAAGUUUUCAAAUGAAUAAAUUUAUUUUUCUCUCACAUUGCAUUAGAAUCACGCGGCUAUGUAGGCCCAGAGAUGAUAGUAUAGUGUAAUCGUGCUGAAAUGUCACAAUAGACAUGGUACACUUGUAGCAUGGCAUCCCACCCUGUCAAUAUGGAUUAAACUGACGUUUUAUUUUGUUUGUUUUUUUCUUAUCAGAGUUCCAGCUCUUCUGUAUGAUAGUACAGUGCAUAGGGAUGGGGGACUGCCAUCACCCAGGAAAUAAUCAAGCGAGCGAUAUAUUGGGACAUUUGAUUUUGUUCCCUUGUGGAUUGUUCUUUGACAAGUGAUAAUGACAGACAUUUGUAAAGAAUUGCUGUUUACGAGGGGGUCCCUCAUCCCCUUCCCGGCCUCAGGGGUGAGAUAUACCGCUAAUUGCAUUACAUAACGACCUUAAUUGGUGUCAACAAUUAGCUACAUUUUAGUUAAUCACCUGAGGCAGGUGCUUGCAGUCGUUGGGGACUAAGAUGUUGGAGUGUGAGAGAAGAGCAGACAGGCCAAUUACAGGCGAGCACUGAUUGCACUAGUGUGCAGUUUCUUGUGUGAUGGUUGCUCACAAGAUAAUGCCUAUAUCCCAAAGGAACCUUCUAAUCUUCAUGAAAAUUGAGAUAUUUAUGAUACCGGAUAAUUGUCUUUUUAAUGGGGGACUGUAAUUAACGAAGUAAAUUAUUGUUUAAGAGAUAGACUGUGCUCUGUUACACGGAAUCUCGAGUAUUUUACCUUGUUUAUCAAGCACGGCAAUAGUCAACACUUCAAUGAGGGCGUAACAUCUAACGAAUACACGAAUUCAAUUUCAUGCCUCAAAAUUCAUAACACACUCAAGAUACGCUGGGUAUACAAGAUAAAAUGUUUUCAACUUCCAAGUUAAUGCUUCAGCUGACUAACAUGUACAGAGAACAAUAUUUGACUUAAUAAUCAAGAUAUUUGUGUUAACACUAAAUGAAAGUUUCGGCGUCCUCAUGCCGAGGUCGAAUAAUCGAAAGGUAUCCGUCAACAGGUUCUUAUUUUUGAUUUCUGUUUCACUAACGUUCCUUAACUUAAGGGCAUUCCUUUACGUAUUUUUAACCCCUUUUUUCACUGAAAUAGAGACUAUUUAUUUUGGUUUGUCUGUCCGUCCGUCCCGCCUCGUUUCUGUGCAAAUACUGCAAUAAAUGUAAAAGGAAAUUUAUUUCUUCAAACUUGAUAACAUGGUUACAUAAUAAUGUAAAUGCCUAAGGGUUCGGCCAAGUUCGAUUUCGACUUAUGCCGGACUUUAUUUGACGGAGGUACAGUGUAUGGCCCUGGAUUAACUAAAAACGUCGUCUUUCUGCCUUUUCAAUAACUACUACAUAUAUUAACAGAUUUUCUAAAAUUGACAACACAGUUAAAUGUUUUAAGGACUCGGUCAAGCUCGAUUGCUACUUCUUCCGGAGUUAUUUGACGGCGUUAUGACCCUUGAUCAACUGAACACGUCGUUUCCUGCGGUUCUCGUGUAAUAACUCCCACCUAUACUAUCCGAUAAUCAUCAAACUUAGCAUAAGUAAUCGUUCCUUGAUUUAUGAAAAAUAUUGUUAUUUGCCGUUAAAUAACUCCCAAAUAUUUUUCGUAAGUUUUCAAACCUAGAAACAGUAUUCAAUGUGUCAUUGUCUCAGCCAAAUUUGUGAUAGGGUUGGGUGAUGGCAGAUGAGAAGAGAAGUCUUGAAAAAUCAGUUUAUUUUAUCCUGCAAGACAUGUUCAAUAAAACAUCUAACUUCUG